AUGAGUCGGAAGACGGAGAACAAUCCGACCGAGACCAACAACGCAGCAGAACGAAAAAAGCGAGAAAAGAGUCGCCGCCACAGUCAGGCUAAUAAUGACCGUGAUCACGAGUCUUCACGCAGGAGUCCGCACUGCAACGAAAACAGGAAUGAAGGCAAGGGCAAAGGUAGGGCUAGGUCGGAGAGUGCACGCAACAAUCGCACGCGUGAGCGACAAGGCCGUAAAAACCCUCAAGAUGACAGGAAGAAGUUCGAUCGAGAUGCAAGCCCACAUCCCCGCCAGUCUUCGUCAUCUAGACCAGAGAAGGGGCAGUCUAGCCACAACGAUGAUCAGCGUAAACAGCAACCUACUCAGAACGCCGACGAUAAACAGUCCGGCUCAGCACAAUCAGUCCUGUUCAACCCCUACGACGCCCCCGGCGUCGAACAUUACUCCCCUGCAGGUACCUUUAGAAUGAUCGCUAACGCCCUCGCACUACAGUUCCAUCCCGACAAGCAAAAGGGGGUCAACACAGCUAAGGAGAACUUGCUGGAUGAGCAAAGGAAAGUAGUGUAGGAUGCCGAUAGUGUACUGGAUGCGGAGUUCGAGGAGUGGUUGGUUACGCAAGGAGUUGGGAAGCCACGAAACACGAUAUAAGAUUGAUUCCCGGAGUCGUCUGUAGAAAUAUCGCGAUGGCCUCAAGAAGGCAGAGUUCAGGCUUGCUCG